AUGGCUACUUUUGCUGACUUUGAUGCCGACCACCAUGACCUGGUGACAGUCACAAAAUUCAACUUCUACGGGAACCGUAUUCUAACCGCGUCUUCCGAUCAUCGCAUCAAGGUCUGGGAUCAAAAGGAUGCGGGCUGGCAGCUUAUAGAUACAUGGCGGGCCCAUGAUGCUGAGAUUCGCGACGCAGGAUGGAACGGACCUUUUACAGGUCAACAUAUUGGAAGUGUAGGCGAGGAUAUGAAGUUCAAGAUAUGGCAGGAAGACGUUACUCAGCCUCCCAAUUCCGGACGCCGGUUUCGAAAUAUCUUCUGCCUUACAUCCCCCGUUCGCACUCCCUAUGUCUCACUGGACUUUCGGAACAUUGAUCUCGAAUCAUACCUCGCGCUGAUUACGCGCGAUGGACUUCUCACGGUCCUUGAGCCCGUCAACCCGGAUAAUCUCGCGGAAUGGCAGCAAGUUGAUCAGUUUAGAGUCUGUGCUGAACCAUCACGUGGUGAAGAAACCAGCUUCAAGGUGCAAUUCUUUCAUGAUCCGAUGGAUAUCACGCAAAUAAUUUUACCGGGCUGGGAUAGCAAGUGCCUGUCACUUGUUGUCGCGGCUAUGGACACUGUGAAAAUCUAUCGCACGGAUGCUAACAGACGAUUUUAUCAUGCCAUUGAGCUUGGAGGACAUGCCAGUCUGGUACGCGAUAUAUCGUGGGCCAACGGGUCUGUACGCGGCUUUGAUUUGAUUGCUAGCGGGUCGAAGGACGGGACAGUCAAGAUAUUUGAAGUUUAUACAACUUUGGCCAAUGCAGCAGGUAGCUCAGCGAAUGGUGCUACCAAUUGGCCCCCCUCGACUUCCUCUCAUUCAUCUACUGGUCGCACAUCUAUACAGUCCGGUAUUGGCACAGCUCUUGCCAACCGUUCACCUGUCACUCUGAUGAAUCUCCAAGAGGGCGGAGAUACCCAUUUCAAGCAUACAUACAAAGAAGUUGCGUCAAUUGACAGCAGACACCUGGAUGUUUGGCAGGUGGGGUUCUCUCAAGCUGGCGACUGCCUUCUCUCUUCUGGUGAUGAUGGCAUAGUUAGAUUCUGGAAACGGUCUAUAUCAGGGAAGUGGCUAGAGUUUGCAGAAACCGAUAUGGGUGAUGAGUACGCCUCCAAUAUGCGAUAA